AAUUUAAGAGCACAUAUUGAACAUAUUUACAUAUUGCUGGUUGUGUUGUACAACCAGGUGUUCAAAUGUACAAAAAGCAAAGACCUUUCGAGGGACUAGUCGAUAGCUUCAAUUAGGGUUUUUUUUUGUUGCGUGCUAAGAAUAUAUCGGGUAGAUAUAAAGGAGUCCCUAGUACUGUGUCUGACCUAGCAACUAAAAGACUUAUAAAAGAUAUGCAACCAUAAAAUUAAGAAGAAUCGUCUGAACAAAAAAGCCUAUAUACAUAGAACAAUAUAACAAAAAAAAAACUACCAAAAUGACUGAUGCACAAUAUGAGGCCAAAUUUAAGGAAAUGCAAAAAUAUAUCCCCUUCAUACAGAAGGUCAUUGAAAAGCUUAAAGUCAACAACGACCAACAAGGGGAUAAUCCGCGCAAAGCGCAAUUGCAGAAGAUGGAAAUGUUAUAUGGACUCCUUACCAAUCAAGCUAAAAAAUUAAAAAUGGAAACAUUAUUAAAAUGCGAAGGUGUCUUGAUAAAAUUGCAUGCAAAAAUUGAAAAGCAUUCAUCAUUCUUGCAGAAUGAAGAAUCUGAAACAAACUCAGCACAAGCAAAAACAACGUCAAAACAUUUGCACUCACCAUCAACUUCGGCGUCGUCGUCGUCAUCUAAGACUGAUAAGUCUAAGAAUAAUGAGAAAAAUUUAGCCUAUGCUCCAGCUAGCCCUUCACCUGAACUUAUUGCAGAUGACAACGAUGAGAAAGUGCAACCAGUUGUUAUUCCCACUGAAAGGCGUCUCUCGGAGGAUAAACCUCCCAAAGAUAGACUUUCCAAUGCCGAUUCAAAAUUCCAUGAUCAUAAAUCGCGCUUAAGUGAUUCUCGCCCCAGUCAGCAUUAUUCUCAUAAACAACAACAACAACGUUCCACCGAUUCUCCCAAACAUGAGGGACAACGUAAGUCACACGGCAAUCGAGCAGAGGAUCGCAAGACACAAGUCACAAAUCGACAAGAUUCCCGAAAUGAUGUAACAAAAGCAAAAUCUGAUAGUCUUCAAACUCCUUUUCAAAGGCGUUCAAACGUAGAUACUCAUCAUCAGUUGCCCACUGAUCGUAGUUCCAGCUCCCCACUUUCACAUCAUCAUAUUGCUAAGGAUUUACACAACCAUUCGGCAAUGAAGCAUCUACAACAUCAACAACAACUGCAACAACAUCAACAUCAACAACAACUGCAACAAAAUGUACACUCUAAUUCCAAGCCACCAUCUUCAUCAUCAUCUUCGGUUUUGCAAAAAGUUAAAGUGGUUAUUACCGAACCGCUACCAGAAAACUUGGCAAAGCGCCAUUUCCCUCCCCAUCACCAACAUCUCUAUCAGCAGCCAUCACAAAACUCACCACCUUUAAGAGAUCCACAACGAUGUUUACAUAAAAUCGAUAUAAAUCCCUCGCAACCUAACGAUGAAGCCUACAAUCCGGAUGAGUCUUGGGAAAAAUAUAAUGAAGUUCACAAUAGUGGUCACAAAAACAAGUCCACUACUACGGGAGUUUUUAAUCGCUUGGGUGAAAAGUUGCCGGAUGAUAAACAGCCAGGAAAACCUUUUCAGUCAUUGCCCAUUGCCAUUCCACCAGGUCGUAAUGCUUCCAUACCAGAUGUUUUGAAGAGCCCUCCCCUAUCCGCCAGCGAUAUAAAUAAUUUACUGAGGGAAUCUGGGGCGGAUUAUGUGCCGCCAGAUAUUUCAGAGAUAGGCACACGUAGGCCAAAAAAGCCGACCAGUGAAGACCCAACAAAUUCUCUUGACUAUGUACGCAAAAAAUUUGCGCAAAUAGCAAAACUUGGCUCACCACACACAAGAGACUCCACAUCACCUAGCUUAGAAACACAAAAGGGCACCGAACACAGUGCUAGUCCUGGUAGUAGUAGUGCAACUUUAACCUGUGAAAGAUUGGCUCUUAAAUACAAUCCUCAUCCGAGACAAGAACGUUUGCAAUCUUUAUCCUCUAACGAGGGCAGUGAAUGCAGCCAUCAGUCUGCCAGCCGUAUUCCAAAUGAUCCGCGUUUAAAGGCGAAAAUCAAUCUUCCACCAGCUGGAGUGAAUGUCCUGCCAUCUAUUAAUGCGCAUGAUCCGCGAUUAAAGCGGCAAGCGCAGUUGAAUGCCUCUGUAAAUAGUAAACCUUUGCCCCCCACAUCAACAACAGCACCAGUGACUGGCAGAAAUGAUCCAAGAGUUGCCAGACAAUUCUGCCAGACAUCAUCGGAACCCAUUAGAAGACCAAAUGUAACGCAACCAAAUAUAACUCCAGAAGAGAACUGGGAUACUGAUCCAGAGGAUAAUGGCAAUACAAAUGAUGCUAGAUUUUCCACACAGUUAAAGAAUAAUAACCCCAUGCCUGUCACAUCAACAGUAAUACCAGCCCCCUUCAGAAAUGAUCCAAGAAUUGCUAGACAAUUACCCAAGACAUCGCCAGAACCCAUUAGAACAUUGAGUAUAACACAACCAAAUAUUACUCCAGAGGAAAACUGGGAUACUGAUCCAGAGGACAAUGGCAAUAAAAAUGAUGCCCGAUUACCCACACAUGUAGAGGGACCCCAAUUAAAGAAUCAAGAAGCAAAACCAUUGCCAGUCGCUCCACCUGCCCGUAGGAAGAGUAUGUGCCAAACCGCAGAACUUUCUUCAAGCGGAAGUAUGGUCAGUAAUCCUUUUGUUCCAAAGCCAUCAAGGAAUGUACCCGCAGAAAACUGGAACUCCAACACAGAGCCUAUUAACAAUAACAACAAUAAUAAUAAAAAUAAAUGUGAUAAUCGUGAUAACCGUCUACCCUGGGAUAAGCAAAAUCAACCGCAAGUCAUUGGUCCCAUGCGCAGAAAAAGUGUAUGUCAACCUUAUGAGGACCAUGUGAACCAUGCUUUCAUUCCGAAUGCCCCCAAACAUGAUUUUGUAGGAAAUUGGAACACUAACACUAACCUUGACCAAGGCUUGGUGAGAAAUUCGCCUUCGGCAUUUGUAGCGUUUAAUCUUCAAUCGAAACAACCAACAUACCUAACAAAUCCCUUUGUUGGAAAUAUGCAACAAAUGUCCAAUAACACACCAUCACCACCUUUGGCUUCAUUUCCAGCGCAGUCUUCUUCUUUUAUGCAUUCCACAACUUCUGCCAGCAACCGAUUUAAUUCGGCCUUAAACGAUAGCCUAGAACGAAUUCGCUAUUUUCAAUCAAAGAAACCCAAGCAACAGCAACCUCGUACUUACAAAGAGUUUAAGGAGGCCAAGGAGAGGGCUCUGGCCUUGGAUGCUGCAAACAAAAGAGAUUUUCAAGAUAGGAGCAAUCGAAAAAUUGAAGAAACCGAAGCAGCCAAAAAGAAAGCUUCCGAAGAAAAUUCAAAGAAGAUUUCCGAAUCGCAAGAUAAAAAUAAAUCGGAUAAUAAUAAGCAGCAGGAGAAGUGCGCAGUUACAACAACUAACACCAGCGAUUCCACAAGCAAAACACCUGCAGGGGAGUCAACUUUGGAUAAAAUGUAUAGAACUCAAAACUUUACAACAGAAUUUCCAAAAGCGAGCCUAAGUUUCAAAAUACCCAAGAAGAAGACGGAAGAAAAUGUGGUGACUAAACCCCCUGACCAAACUAAACCUGCAUCUAAGAAAUUGGAUGAGAAAAAUGUCUCCUCCGGAGUAGAGAUUAAAAGUAAUGAUAAGACAAAGGAAAAACCAAAAGCAACGAAUAAUAAUGAGGGUAAAUCCAACGAAGCUGCUGGCCAGAAAACGAAAAAAGUUGCUGCUGCCCCACCUAUUGAGGUGAUAAAUGCACCGAAUCCUCCAAAAGGAAAUGAUUCUGAAGAAAAUUGGGAUUCUGAAACCGAAUCUGAUGCAAAUACUCAAAAGGAUAACUGCACUAAAGUCAAUGAAAAGGCCAAUAUGGAAAAAACCAAUGAAAAGCCCACAAACUUGCGAGAUCCCCGUUGUAGGGCCAAAGAGCUAUCAAAACAAGAAGAAAAUGACACAACUAAUGCAGUGGAUUCCUCUGCAGAACAUGAAACAACUACCGAGAAUCUUUUGUCCAAGACUAAAGCAUCUUUAGGAGACAACGACAAUAGUGCUAUGUUUCCCUCCAGUGCUGAGUUCAAACCACAGCGUAUUAUGCGCCGACGCUGUACCAUGGUUCCUACUGCUAGUGCUCCUCUAGUGGAUAAGGGUAAACUGCUGAAGGCAAAUGCCCUUAUGCUAGAAGAUGUCGAGGAAAGAGAAAAACUAAUGAAAAAGAAAGAGGAGAAAGAAAGGGAGGUUAUUCGGCGUAAUAAAAAUUUGGAGGAGAUGUUUCAAAAAACCGAUGACAACUGCACCGUGUCGACACAAAAUAUUAUCACCGGAAAGCGAAGGACACGAGCUACGAUUAAUUUUAACGAAACUCAAAAUGCCAUCAAUGUCUUUAAGCAUCUAAGCAAAAAAGAAGCUGGGAAAACUGCACGAUGUACAAAAACAAAAACAAAAAGCAAUGAAGAAAACAGUGAUGAUGAAACCAAAAAGGAAGCAGCUGACGACAGUGUUGAAAAUGCCUCAGCAACAAAGGAUAAGGAAGAAAAUAAGGCUGCAACAGAAAGUUUUGAUAAGAAUAAAGCAGUUGAGGACGAAAAACCAAAGCAGGCAGCUACCACUGAGGAAAAAUCUAAAGAUGGUGAAACCAAACCGUUGGUUACUGUUGGUGAUGAGUCAAAUGCAAAAACUGACUGCGAUAAACAGUCAACUGAGGAUAAAGGCAAAUCUGAAGUCUGUUCUUCGGAUGACAAAGCAGAAAAGGAGAAUUUUGACCAAAAGGACAUUAAAAAUGCACAAGAAGUUGCUAAACCAAAAUUCUUAGGGAAAAAAAUGAAAAAGCUGGCCAUCAAGCUACCAAUAGUGAGAAACAAGAAACCUUUGCUUCCAGCAGCCAGAAGAGAAAGUAGUGGUGACGUCAAAGGGCCGGACAUAGAAAACGAAAAUCUGGUUGAGCCUGAGCAAGGUGGCGCAACAGAAAAGCCAACAGAAGACAAACAAGAAGAAACAACAUCUUUACAACAAACGAGCUCUGUGGCUGAAGAGCAAGAACACCAAAUCUGUGCAGUGUCUAGUACAUCUGCUGACGCAACGCCUGCUGAGGAGGAAUGUUCAACAACGGUCGAUGCUGCCAGCCUUAAAGAGGAAGUCGAUGACAAUGAGCCUAGCAGCAGCGGUAGCAAAUCUAUAACUCACACACCCACCCCGCCAGAGGACGAAAGCAGCCGUCAUGUUUUCCUAAAUGAAUUUGUACAGGAAAUGAUAAAGCCCAGCGCUGACAAACAGCACAUAUUAAAUCUGCUGGGUAAAAUUUUAAGCAACGAUGAGUUACAAGUUAUAAAAUCGGCCAUAGAUACCGCUGCAAAGAAUCAUAAUGACGAGGAAAAAGAGCCAAAUGGUGGUGCUUCAAAAGCUGAUAACAAAAAACCAAAAGCGGACAAAAAGAUCAAAGCUAAACGCAUUGGAAGGCCGACUAAACCCGUUAAAAAAGAAGUUGAGAGUCCAGAUGAAGAGGAGGAGAAUCACGUUGAUGAUGAGGAGGAUAGAAAAGCCCCCAAAUCUGGCAGAAAUACUCCCAAUGUUAAAAAGAAACGUAACGAGCUUGAUAGGCUGAACGAAGACAUACGUGAUAUGUUUAUUUGUGAAGGCGUUCUCACGGCAACCGGCAAGCGCAUGUGCACUUUAAUGAAUGAGAAAAAUAAAAAUAAAAAGACAGAAAUGGAAAAGCCAACUAAUAAACGGUUUGUACAGCCUACAACAUCGUCGAAGCUUAAAGCUGAAUCUGAUUCCAAUUUAAAAAGAAGAUCUGGUCGUUUAAAGCAGACAGAUAAUGUAACACCAACAACUCAACAGCCGCCACUCAGAAGAUCGCUGAGGGGCAGCAAGGCUGCAAUAGAUGCAAACGAUGAGGCAACAACAUCAGAUCAAAAUUCUAAUGACACCACCCCAACCAGAAGGAAAAUGCCAGUGUUAAAACCACAUACCCCCAUUAAACUUCCAGAAGAGCAGAAUGUAGAAAGGGAAAAAGAAGAAGAAGAUGAGGAAAUCUUCACUCCCGAGAAUAAGAGAAAAACUCUAAAUAAACCUUGUCCAAAAAGUAAGAAAGCUAAGCUUUCCGUUGACCCUAUGAACGAUUCUGCAUCCGAGAAUGAAAGCAACAGCGAGGAUGAACAGGAAGCAGAAGAAGAGGAAACAACCACCAACAAUGAAGUAGAGGCGAUAAAGAACACCAAUGUCCAUUGGCAUAAUCAAUCCAAGCAUACUUCAUGGUGUGUGCUCUGCAGUAAGAAACUACCUGCAACAUCUUGCUCUUCUCAUUACAAAUUAAACCAUGGAGAGAGCUACAUUUCACGCUUGGCCCCCAUUCUCGUGCAGAAAUUCAAACAAGGCAAAUUGAGCAAGCCGAUGUUUGGAGUUGGUAAAAACAACAAAACCGCCACUUGGUUCUAUAGAUGUCCGUUUUGUCUGAAAUACUUUAACACUACUAUGCCUAGGUGGCUGGAUCAUUUCCAAAGUCAUACGGCCGAAUUUCAACACGAAUGCUCCAAAUGUCGUUGGGGUAGCAACCGUUUAAGAGCGGCUACUCGCCACAUUAAAAAUAACUGUGCGAGUGCUACUAUAGUCAAUUCACCGGUACAAACAAGAGGAUUGGUGAUAAAGGCACAUGUUUGUCAUUUAUGUAAUUUCCUGCAAAUAAAACGGGAAAACUUGGAACGACAUUACAUUGAGCAACAUCAGUUGGGCCACAAAAAUGUUGAUCUUUUGGGCUAUACCAUAACACUGUUCGAUUAUGCUGAUGUGGAACUAGUGCCCGAGGAUAAGGCCUUGGCUAGAGAAAAGCAGGCAAGAGAAAUUAUAGCAAAAGAAGAGGAAGUAAUCGAUAUAGAUGAUGAUAAUGAUAAUCAUAGUGCAGACGCUCACAGGGAAAUCAAUGAAAAAGAAAAUGGGGAGAAAGAAAAACAAAUAGAGGAGAAGGAGCAGGAGCAGGAAGUGGUCAACGAAACUGAUAAGGACAAUGAGGGUGUAGCAACAGAAUCUACAAAGGAAGUCGAAGCAACAACCGUUUGCACCGAUGAUAAAAUAAAGCAGGCAAAGGAAAAUAAAAAAGAAACACUCGAGGCAAAGCAGUCACAGAAAGAUGUGUCAACGCCCCAAUUGGAAAAUGAACACGAAAGCAAACGAUUGUCUAAGAAGGAAGUGACAUCUGAGACCAACUCCAAAGUGGCAACACCAUUGCGACAAGAAAACCCUCAAGCCACCACAGCUGCAACUGAGUCUCCCACUAUAGCUCUAAAGUCUGUGGCUACAUUAAUGACACCACCAAGAGCGCAAAUAGCUAGCACCAAAACUAUAUCCAAAAAGCAAACAAAUACCAAGGAGCCACCGCAAUCGCCGAAGAAAAUGGAAGGCGAUCCCCUAAUCAUUGUAAAUGAAGGGGAUGUAACAGCAACUAAAAUGUUAACACCAAAGAAAGCAAAUCAAUCUUCAGCGGUCAGUGAAAACAGCGAUAGUCCCAAAUCGACUUCAUCCUCAUCAUCAUCAUCAUCAGUGCAAAUUGCAGCUAAAAAGUAUACUAUAGUGCUCAGUGGCCACGAACAGGGCUCUUUAAAAGAAGUUUCCGAUGCUAAGGCAAACCUCAGACCAACAUUCAAUUGUCAAAUAAUCAAUGAAGACUAUGAGGCAAAAGAAGUUCAAGAUGAGCUUUUAUCCUUGGCAGCUUUGGCCGCCGAAGAACAAGUACCCGAGAAGCAGCUAACCUCAUCGAACUCAAGAGAUGUGCAAGAUGAACUUUUGAACUUAGCAGCCGAGGCUGCAAAAACCCAAGAAAUGGAACUGCUACAACUGCAAGAAAGCGAAGCCGUUGCUAAUCAACCUUGUGAAACAAGAAUGUCCGAUCUUAUUUCUGAUUCCAUUGAUAUGCUGUUCAAGUGUAAUAAAAGGAAAUCGAAUGAAGCCCAUGAACAAAUGGAUAACAAUCUCGCAAAGAAACAUUGUCCUCCCACAAAGGCUUCUAAUGUUUUUGUUUCCUCCUCUGAAGUUGGAACCAAUUCACCUCCCAUACAAAUACUAGCCUCAUCUAUUGUAAACAUUGAUCUACCAGAUAAAGCAGUCGAAACGUCGAACAAGCCAAUGGUCACCUCCAUGGCCGAACGUUUGAGUCAAAGACUUAAGGGUUUACAAGAGACUGCCAAAAGCACAAAAAAAGACCAGUCAACUGAAAAUGACAGCCAUACAACAGCUGGCGGAGAGCUAGAACAAAAGCAAAAAAAAGAUACAAACAAAUCGUCAGAUAAAAAUGAGGAUAGCAAUGAAGAAGUGACUGUCAUAAGUGAUGACGAAGAAUGGGAAGACAUUGAAAUUACCGAGUCGGCGCCCAACAGUGGCAGCACUCACAACUCAAGUCAUUUGCAGAAAAAUAAAAAUAGAGGCAUAUUCCAGAAAUUUGGCAUUUUUAAGGGAAAUGCUGCCAAAUCAAAAAAGUCCAUGCCUCCUUUGCUAUUCUAUCCCAAGAAGAAAUCCUCCAAGGAAAAGCCUUGCCAGCCACAAUCGAAUUCGUCAUCUCCCAUUACCAUUAAAUCGGCAAUUACCGAUAAAUCCCAAGCCUCCUCCUCGCCCUUACACAAUGUGGGCUUUAAGCCGGUCAUUAACAUUAUGGAUGACCUUUUGCCAGAUUCACCUUGCAAUGAUCCUAUCGAUUUGGUACCUGAAUUAACCCCCCUAGAACCGUUGACGGAUCUGAAUGAUAUAUCCUCCAUAUUGGAUUCCAACCUUAGUGCCACAGUGCCAACAGUGGGUUUGCAAAUGGAUGAAAGUCAUACUUGCAUACAAGAUGCCUUAGACUUUAUAUCGGAACAAACAGCCCAAGAGAAGCAAUCGGACAUAUCUUUAAAGGCCACAAUUCCAACUCAAAGCAAAAAUGUCAGCACAAGCCAAAUACAAAAUGUUGGUUAUUCCCAAAAGGAUAACAAUGUGAAAUUCUACUGCUUGCUGGACAACUGUUCGUUUUUGUUUUCCAGCGAUGCCGUGGGUUUGGAAAAUCACUUUUUGUGUGAACAUGCCCAAAUCAAGUGGAAGGGUUAUUGUACUCUCUGCCAAGAACAGUGUUUUGCCAAUGACCAGGAAUACUCCAUAACCAAAGAGAUCAAACAUAUGGUGGAUAGGCACAUCAACCGUCCGGUGAUUGAACCCAAUUCCGAUUCUAGCCAACACUCAACUACAAAUACUGGUGGCCAAGGUGGCGGAGGUGAGGAACGCCCACGCAUAAAGCUAAGAAGAAUGACUGGUGACUGCUUGUCCACUUCGAACUCAGAAAGUCCCACCCCGUCUUCGGCAUCUGCACCGGCUUCUGCAGCCACAGGCGUUCCCCAGUCUAACACACUCUUGGGAGCCCUUUUAAAUGCUAAACCCAAACCUCCCACCAUAGAUAUGCCGCCACAGCCAGAAAUGCCUUUGACAGAGCCUUUGUUAAUAGAUGAUAAAGCCUUUAGAAAUGUUGGCAAUGAAUUUGUCAUUACAUCCGUAGCCUCAGCUGCCCAAGUGAUGGAGGAUAGUUCCUUACAAAUUGCCAGUGUUGUUAGUUUGAAUCAAGAAGAAGAGCCACAUCAGCUAUCAAUGCCUAAGAUAGCCAAAGUCUGCACCUUGUCGUCGAAAAAGUCAGGUAACAUAUGGGCGCAACAAAUAGAAGAGGAACGCCAAGAGCUAUUGGAAUCAAGAGCGGCCUCUUUGGAGGUUUCAAAUAUUUUGGCAAAUGCGCACAAGUCUGCGACACAUAAUAAAGAGUCGACGCGCCGUUCGCAGGAUGAUUCGCCAGGACCCAUAGUAGUGGCCGAAACUGUGCCCGUGGGUCAGGCUACAGCAGGAGAUUUUGUCAUUACUCAAACAGUUUCCACACAAUAUGGAGGCAAUUCUUCUUCGGCUUCUGUGGGUUUCAAUAUUUGCAUACAACCCUCCAUGUUGGCCAACAUCUCGGUAGCCAGCGAUAAAGAACCCCAAGAGACGCUGGCAGUUACUGAACCCGAACCUCCACCACAACUUUUGAAUGUGCCGCCUGCAGGCAUAGAGCCAGGCACACCUACCGUAACCUCGCGCCAGUAUAAAUGUAUGGCAAAUGGCUGCAAAUUUACCUCUCGUGUUCCAGUUGCUAUGAGCGAUCAUUUGCGCUUUCACGAGCGACGCAAUCUUUCAACUAAAUGCGACUAUUUUUCAUGCGCCUUUUGCCUAUACCAGGCUAGUGAUGUGGAGGAUUACAUGAAGCAUUCGGACCAGUUUCAUAUCAUAAGUAAAACCAACAAACUCACUACAUCUAUGCCUAAUGAUAAUGAAGCCGGUUCAAGCCCAGCAUCCAGGAAUAUUUGUGAUAUUCUUAGCAAGAAAAUGGAGACAUCAAAUGCAAAUAGAAAUGCCCUGAGUGCUGCCGAAAUGCAGCGAAGUUUAGUAGCUAGGCAAAAGGAAACAGAAGAGGAAUAUCAUAAGAAAUUAAGGGCCACCAUAGAGGAAAUAGUGGGACCUACAGGCUUUCCCGAUGACAAGCUGUAUCGCUGUGUGAUUAAAAAUUGUCGCACUCAAUUAACCGAAAACACAUUCCACAAUCACAUUAUGUAUCAUAUCAGCACUUUGGGUGUUGCCAAUCCCAAUAAUUACGUAUUCAAGUGUCCCCACUGCUCAGCCCAGUAUCAUCGUCCUGCCGGCAUAAAGGCCCAUAUCAAAAAUCAUGCCAGAAAUCGCUACUUCUGCUAUUUGUGCGAGGAGACCUCUGCCAAUCCAGGGCAAAUGUUAAAACAUUUCUCCGACAAGCAUUGGCAUACACUGACCAUGUUCACCAAAGAGCUGCUAAAGGCUAAGGUUGUUACCAAUGCCGAUGGCACGGAGCAGAUACAAGAUGCAUGUUACUAUCUGGUCUAUACCAGCGAACUGAGUGAUGCGGAUGUACGCAAAUAUGGAGAAAAGUUAAUUUUGGAAUGGCAACGCAAGAAAUCGGGUUCUAAAACCCAUUUUAAAUCAAGCGAAAUUGAAUUGCUACCCAUUCCCCCGAUAUACCAACGAGAGGUCAAUUGUGGUGAAUGUGAAUACAAAACAAAAGUACGCACCAAUAUGUACCGACAUCUUUUGAUGCACAAACAAAAUGCUCAUCUACCCAACAGCACAGGUCAGGCGGUGGUAGCCAGCAUUGAUCCCGUCAACCCAGUACCAUGUUUAAAUAGCAAUGAGAGGUUCUUCGAUAAAAUGACCAACCUUGCUUCAUCUUCUCUGAUACCCUCAUCACAGUCUACGUCGAAUGCGGGUGUGAAAAAUGCUAAAAUACCUUACGUUUUUGUGGAGGAGGCCAAACGUUUUAAGUGUGGCAUAAGCGAUUGCAAUUAUGUCAACAUAUCUGAAGAUAUUUUUCGUUCUCAUUUAUCCACACUUCACGGCACUGUUAUGAGUUAUCGUUGUCCUUUCUGUCAAGAAGAUAUAUGCAAGAGAGGCAUGGCGGUUGAUCGUGUGCUGGGCCAUUUGCGUUUUCAUGGCCCUACAUUGCAUGUGUGCGAGGAAUGCAAUUAUUCGCAUUAUCAACGAUACGUCGUGGAGCGUCAUAUUAACGAUAAACAUGCAUCUUCAAAAGUGAACAUUUUGAAGUAUGAGAGAAACGAAGAUAAUACCGAAGGUGUAGUGACGACAACAAAUUAUGUGGGUAAAAAGUAUAAAGACAUCACAGAAUCUAACAACUCUGUUGCAUCAGCAGCACCAAUGACAACACCAGCUACUCGUUCUUCCACCGGCUCUGAACCAAGUUGUUCUUCUGCAUCGUCUUCGAGCAAUGCAAAGACCAAAUCUAGAUGGAUAUGCGAUGUUUGCAAACAUACAGCAAAUAGUUUGGCCCAGAUACAAACGCAUUGUCAAAAUGCACACGGCUGUAAAUUGCCUUAUCAAUGCAAGCAUUGUCCAUUUGGUUCACAUCAACUCUCUCAAAUACUAUGUCAUAUUGAUGGGAAACAUCCAACCCAAAGCAGGAGUGCUCGUUAUAUCUACCACAAAUUGGAAUGUGAAGGAGAAAAUGAUAUAGCCGAUACCAGACCUCUGUGGCAGCGUAAUGAUCCUAAACGCAUUAGGCACAUUCGUGGCAUUCUAAUGGAAGACGAAGAAGAGUCGGAAAAGUAUCGCAAAAAAAUGGGUCUGGACAAGGUGGUCGAUGAUGAAGACGAGAACGAAGAUGAAGAUGUGGCGGAUACAUCUGGCCAGAAUUUCUUAAAAGGAUUUGAAUUCGGCUGCUAUCAUUGUGAUUAUAAAAGUCAGAAAUUCGAUGAAUUGUACUGUACCCAUUACAAGAAUGCACACAGUGUAUCUGUGGAAUCGACUAAGCCAUUUAUGUUUCGUUUAUUGCGACGUGUAUGCUGUCCCGAAUGUCGGAAAUUUACCGGUAAUUUCUAUGAAUUGCAAUUGCAUUUGCCUAGUGCCCAUAAUGUUCGUUUGUACUAUGCUGCGGAUAUAUCCAUAGCGGAGAAUGAAGACAAUUCCCAAAGGCUACUUUGUGGCUAUUGUUCCUUCCAUUGCUCAAAGCCGGAACAUUUAAAGAGACACUUUCGAACGGCAAAGUCACAACAUUUGCCACAGGAUAUACGCAUUGAGAGUAAUUAUCAAAUGUUGGACAUAUUAAAAGUGGGUAAACCCGAAACUUACUACCAAUGCACGCUGUGCAGUCAGUUAUUUGGUAAUCGGGUUUCUAUUGUCCAACAUGCCGUUAAUUUCCAUACCAACGACGAAAGCUCCUCGUUCAAAGAGCUAUCGAAUAGUGUAAUCUAUUGUUGUCCUUUGUGUCCAUUUUAUGCAGCCACAGAGUCAACACUUUUACGCCAUAUGAUUGAUCAUUGUGGCAAUUUUAAACGUUGCUAUUUUUGCAACGCUCCACAAGUGUCAUUUGAACACUGCAUGCAGCAUUGUUAUGCUGAGCAUCGUGAGGAGAUGCGCAGAUUCAGAGAAAUAUUUACCAGUGAACAAAUUAAGCAAUUCUUCAUGCAGAUGUUCAUCUUGUUCCCCAAUGGUUUAAUCAUUAACAAGCAAAACCUUAAGAAAACUGAAUAUGGCAGUGAUAUUGCCAUAGAGGAGUACUAUGAGGAAAUGUACAAGAUAUCACAGCAACCGCCAAUACCUAGGCUUUCAAUAGCCAGAUUAGUGGCUAGAAAGUCCAUAGAAGCCAAGCAAACAUCGGCGAAUUCCUCGCCUCAAUAUAUUCUUGAUAUAAGCGAAGAAGUGCUUCCAACCCCAAUACCCAUAUCAUCCAAGUCACAGCCCAAGAAAAUAACAAAGAGACGAUGCACUGUUAUGUCGGCGGGACGUGAGGAAACAACGUUGGUGGCUGCAAGAAAAAAUGGAACGGGUGCCAAAAGAAAAUCAUCAUUUGUCAAUGAGCAAGAGAGCUCCUUGAAUCAGUCAUCUGAAUUCAAUGUUCCCAUGGUCCAAGCCAUGCGAAUCAAAAAAAGAAGAUGUACAAUUGCCUCCGAUCCGAACGACAAAGCGUCAACAUCGCCCUCUUUGUGUGGCAACUCUCCCCAGCCCUAUAUGGCUGACAAUAGUGAUACAACAUUAGACACCUCAAAGCUGGUUGGCUCCUCAUCCCCAUCUGCUUUAGAAUAUGUUUCGCAUUAUGGUAUUAAGCCGGAAGCAAUAGAUUUAUCGAAAAUCUAUACCAAAGUGGCUAUAGGAGGUAUUAAUACCCCACUAACCAUAGAUAAAUUCCGGCAGCUCUUCAACAUUGAUUGUCAACUGAAAUUAACGAAAUGUGAUGUUUCCAAUGUGCCGCAAUAUGCACAGUACAAGCAUAUCAAAAAAGCUUGUCCCGCCAGCCAUAAAUUCAAAUUUUCAUGAACUGAGAAUCAAAGCACUCACUAACAACAACAACAAGUUAUAAACUUCCCUUAGGAUAGUAAGGAUACGUUUUUUAGUUUUAGCGUUAAGUAACCGAUUCCAGUAUCAUGGAAUUUUUUUUUAAUAUUUAAGAUAUUUAAGGACAUACAUAGAACGAACUGUAUAUACCACAACUUAAAUUAAUUACUACCCAUCUGUAAUUUCAAUUAUACUGAACUAUAUUCCACACGUAGAGCUUGUUUCGAAAUUACCAUUCUAUUAUUAUUAUUAUUUUUUUUUUUUUUUGACAUGAAAGUCAAACUUCCUGUUGUUGUUUUAAGUUUAUGCUAAUCAAGCACUAUGGAAUUUAUUACUUAAUUAUUAUUUUUAUUAUUAAUAUGUAUUACUACAUUUAAUUUUACCAAAUAUUUUAUUGAAAUAAAAUGUAAAUAAGUUAUUACCCUCCAAAAAAAUGUCAACAAAAGUUUGGAAUUGUAGUGAAAGUGAAUCUACACAUACAUUUUACGGCACAUAAGUUAUAGCUUGGGUGAAAUUGUUUGAAGGACAUUGUUGUGUACUGUAGACAUUUAACCUUGGCUCGGCAUACACAAUAUCCAAAAAUCAAUUACCCCUCAGACCGUGCGUAGUGCAAAAAUGAGAAUAUUAUAAGUGAAUGUGACAAAUGUGAUGGUAUUGGUGGUAUAAUUGCUAUAUGUCUUAAUAUAUCGCAGCCCUGAUUGCAUUUUCUUAUACGACAACCACAACUCAUAAAAUGAGAGGAGCUUAUUGGAGGAGAACAAUGAUUGUGGUUCUAGCAAAGCUUUCAACACAUUAUCUGAAGAGUAAUCAGAGAUAAAAACAUUGUGUCAACAAAACAGAGAACUAAGACUCCUUCCCAAUUCGGGCAAAAUGAAAUGAAGCAUGCUGAAGGAGUUAUUGGAAGCUGAAACCAAAAAAAAAAAUUUGACAUUUCUCGACAGUUUCAAACGUUCAAACGUGUUUGUAAACCUGGCAAAUCCAACAUCAACUGGAUCUCCACAUUGCGCCAGACUCUGGCAAAUCCCAAGACAAACAUAUGGACCCAUUCUUUUGACGAUGAAAGGACAACUUAUCUGAAUAUGCUUAACUAAUAUUCGUUCUUUACUUAAAAUAUUUAUAUGGUUUGAUGCAAGAAGACUGCAAGAAGAGGAUUAACAAAUGCUCCUUGGCAAGGCUUAUGCCAAUCGAUAAAAGCAAACAAUUACUGCUGCUUUUUGACAAACUAAAGUGUUCCUGGCAGUCAACGGAAUAUAAAAACUUUUAACAGUCACCUAAUUCCAGCGAACACUGAAGGUUUCAAUAUCUGUUUUGAGAUCAAAUAAAGGAUCGUUAAUAAGUUCAUGAGCAAACUAAAAAACCUUGCUUUCAAAGACCCUAUAUGGACUCUUAUUUGGAGCAGAAACAUGAUCUCAAAUGAAGGAAGACAUCUAGAAAUUUGCUGUUUGAAUUUUUGUAGAAGUGCACUGGAUCAAAACGCUUGGAAAAACUUCUCUUGUUAAAGGUGGAGUUACAUGCUAUGCGCAUGCAUUCAAAAUGCAACUCUGCAAACAAAUCUCACAAAAGCGACGAGCAAAAGCUAAAGAAUUUUCAACUUUGACGAUUGAAUUCAAGCGCCAUGUCCAUAAACUAAGUACAAUACAUAUGAGAUUACAUGCCAAUUAGAGCGUGCUCUAUUCGUAUAUGACGUACAUAAGACAAGUCUAAUGAAUACAAAAAGUGACAGAUCAUAUGACAUGUCUGAUCAUGUUAUAGAAGCCUUAAUGGUUUGGCAAUCUCUGAAACUGAAAAAAGUUAUUUUUAGGGGA